UCUGUGAUUGGGUGGCGUGGUGGAGAGGAAGCGGGUACCUUUGCUGUCAGAACGCUGUCGCCAGUCACCCUGUCCUCUGGAGACCGGCUCGCUUCAGCCUCCGCCUUUGGCAAUCAAAGUGUCAGAUGUCACCCUCCCGACUUCUGCUACGGAUCUGAGCUGCGGGCCGCCGCCCGAAUGGGCCCGCCUGAGCGCUGUUAGCCCUGAAUAUCGCAGGAGGAAACUGCACAGCGUGAAUGCCAGAAGCUAAAAUCUCCAGGGAUUGUUGAAUUGCCGAAGAGCUUGGGCCACAAGCUGAAGUUCUCAUUCCAUGGAUCCCUUGGGUGCACCUUCCCAGUUUGUGGAUGUGGACACCCUAGUAAGCUGGGGUGACUCAUAUGAAGAUGAAGUAAACUCCUCUGACAGCACAGCUGAGGCAUUCCAGGAAGACAGCAAUAGAUCACCUUUUCUUUAUAAUCGGGACAUUAAUGGAAAAGUGGUUCUUUGGAAAGGAGAUGUGGCAUUACUGAACUGUACAGCCAUUGUGAAUACCAGUAAUGAAAGCCUCACAGAUAAGAAUCCUGUGUCAGAGAGCAUCUUCAUGCUUGCAGGGCCAGAUUUGAAGGAGGACUUACAGAAACUUAAAGGUUGCCGAACUGGUGAAGCAAAAUUGACAAAAGGCUUCAACCUAGCUGCUCGGUUCAUCAUCCACACAGUGGGGCCUAAGUAUAAGAGCCGCUACCGCACCGCAGCGGAGAGUUCCCUCUACAGCUGCUACCGAAACGUGCUUCAGCUGGCAAAGGAGCAGUCCAUGUCUUCCGUUGGCUUCUGUGUCAUCAAUUCUGCAAAGCGAGGUUAUCCACUAGAAGAUGCAACACACAUCGCUCUUCGUACUGUGAGGCGGUUCCUAGAGAUCCAUGGGGAAACCAUUGAAAAGGUGGUAUUUGCUAUCUCAGAACUCGAAGAGGCCACUUACCAAAAGCUGCUACCUCUGUACUUCCCAAGGUCAUUAAAGGAGGAGAGCCAGUCAUUGCCGUCCCUACCUGCAGACAUUGGAAAUGCAGAAGGGGAGCCCGUGGUGCCUGAGCGGCAGAUCAGGAUAAGUGAGAAACCUGGUGCUUCAGAGGACCAUGAAGAAGAUGAGGAUGAAGGCUUGGGAGUGGAUCUGUCUUUCAUUGGCUCUCAUGCUUUUGCUCGAAUGGAAGGAGAUAUUGACAAGCAAAGAAAACUGAUCCUCCAAGGACAGCUGUCGGAAGCUGCCCUGCAGAAGCAGCAUCAAAGAAAUUAUAAUCGCUGGUUAUGCCAAGCACGAUCUGAAGACCUGUCUGAUAUUGCUUCUCUGAAAGCUUUAUACCAAACAGGUGUAGAUAACUGUGGCCGCACAGUGAUGGUGGUAGUUGGAAGAAACAUUCCUGUGACAUUGAUAGACAUGGAUAAGGCCCUCUUGUAUUUUAUCCAUGUAAUGGAUCACAUCGCCGUGAAGGAAUAUGUAUUGGUGUAUUUCCACACACUGACCAGCGAAUACAAUCACCUGGACUCCGACUUCCUGAAGAAACUCUACGAUGUCGUUGACAUCAAGUACAAGAGGAAUUUGAAGGCUGUUUAUUUCGUCCAUCCAACAUUCCGUUCCAAGGUCUCAACAUGGUUUUUCACCACCUUUUCUGUCUCAGGAUUGAAGGACAAGAUCCACCACGUGGACAGCCUGCAGCAGCUCUUCUCUGCCAUUUCACCAGAACAGAUAGACUUUCCGCCUUUUGUCCUUGAAUAUGAUGCCAGGGAAAAUGGGCCUUAUUUUGCAUCUUACCCUCCAUCACCAGAUUUGUGACCUGCCGCUCGCUUCCCAGGGCUUCUCGGUUACAGGAUUCCAUCUCACCACAACUCGACACCUAUGGAGUGAUGUUCAUUUUUGCUGUACAGAUCCAGAGAGCUUUUGUCCCCACCUCUCUGGUAUUUUUUUAUUGACUAUGUAUUUUCUGGCACAUAAGCAAUCUAAAACUGGUAGGCCAUUCUGAACUGCAUACAUUUUAAAUUUGUAUAUUUGUAUCAAAUGGAAAUGCUCAUUUUUAGAGCAUUAAUAGAAACUGGGGAUCAACUUUUGAGUGUCUUCAGUUUCCUGAAGGACGCUGGACUCUGUCACACAGGCCACCAACGUUGCUCACAUUGUCUCUUACAGUGCACGCUUCCGGACUCUGUUACCCAGGCUACCAACAUUGUUCAUAGCAUCUGUAAAGCAGUGCACGCUCUCUAUGUAUUUAAGUGUUUCUCAAACUAUAUAGAACGAAUAUGUGCUGAGCGGAUGUAUUGUUCCCUCAGAUCAUGGCUUUAAUACCAUUUACAUUUUAUACCAAUGAUCUGAUUAUAAUAUAGGAUUCCCCAUGACCAAGAAUAUUGGAAUGUGUCUGGUUGAAACUGUAAAAACCUUCAACAAAACUUAGAACUCACGAAUUGUUGGCACAAGGUAAGGCUGAGCUGUAAGAGCUUCUUGGAUUAUUGACUUUGCUCAGAUUGACACUGUUCUGAUCUCAGAGUGUGGAGAACAUGAAGACUGUAUCUUCAACUCUUUUCUAUAAUCAUGUGACUGGUCUCCUUAUGAAAAGAAUGUUGUGCUACCAGCACUCCUAAGUAAAGAGCAUUUCCCAGGACUCCAUCGCUGACCACAUUGCUGUCUUCUCAGAGUCAUAAAUGCUUGUGUUGGUUCAGUUUCGCUUGAGUCGCCUACAUCAUCAUUAUGGUGGAAAUAUGUGACAGUGCACAAGUCCAAGGACCAGGAAAUUCACUUUUCAUAAAACAUUUGCUAUUCAGGCUCUGUGUGUGCCUUAAUCAGUGAAACUUAGAAUUACAGAACCUACCUCAGAGGUAACAAAGAUAGCAUUUAGAAAGAACUUGGCUAUUCCAGGAUGCAGAGAAUUGAGGGAGGUGGGGUGCGAUAGUGUCUCCAAUGGGUUAAUGGGAAGAAAUAUGUGUAAAGAAAUAUCUGUAAGGUGCCCCAUGGUCUUUGGCACCUUUUGAAUGACUGAGUGGUUUUUGGGGGUGGGUCACAAAAAAAAAUCCCAGACCCCCUGACCAUUUCCUGCUCUGUACAGAUUUUCUUUUGGCUCUCCUACAAUGCUGCCAUUUAAUAAGGGACAUCUGUUACCCAUUUUAAAGACUUCUUCUUGAAUCAAGGUCAAGGCAUUAUUGUUUCCAUGUGGGUGUCUUUAUAGUCUUUUUGGUGUCCACACCCACGCACCUCCAUCCCCUGCACUGUGUCAUGUGUGUUUGCAGUUCAUAGAAGAGAAAGUAAGACCUGGAAGAGACAGUAAGGCAGGGACCAAGUCCACUGCCUAGGUCCUGGGAGAGACAACUCGGGAGAGGGGAAGAAGCAUGCUUCUCUUCCUCCGUAAGAGGGAGCCCUCCCAGUGAUCAUUUUAUGUUGUUUCAUAUAAAUAAGAAGUGGUUCACAUUUCUCAGAUAGGUGUCCCUGUUAGAUAUCAAAGCUACUGCUUGUCCUUUCCACCUACAUGGUAAGGACUUGCCGGUAUGUUCUAGGUCAUCGAGACAACCAGUCAAGUGUCAGGUGUAAACUUCCUUUCAUUAUUCCUUUAAUCGCAACCUUACAGUGCCUGGUAAUCUAAAUUUCUCCCAUUCAGCAAUUACUGUGCCAUUUAUCUGAGGCAUUGCUCACUAGAAGCAGUUAUAGCAAUGCACCUGCUCCACUAAUGCUGGACUUAGCUACCUAGAACUGGCAUCUGGCCCAAGCCAUUGGCACUCUGGGUAAUAGAAACUAUAAGCUACCUUGCUAUUUGAACAGAAGAAAAUAUAUAUGAACAAUGUGUAUUUUUCAGACAGACUCACACUCAGGCUGGCUCCAGACUUGUGACCCUCUGUCUCAACCUCUAGAGUACUAGGAUUGUAAAUACAUGCUAUGAUACCCAGAUCUGUGCAAGUUGCAAUUUAUUGUAUGCAAUACUUUUGAGAGAAUUUUUUCAUACCUUUAAGAAUCUGUAUUUGCUGAUGUUCUGGCCUAAUUGACACAGUUGGAGUGUAAAGGUGGUGAAAGACUACAUAGCAGUGUAUGUAAGGGUGACUGAGGAAGGAAGGAAAGGGCCAGUGUGGGGCUGUUCACGCUUUCCUAAUUGUCGAAAGUGCCAUAGAUUGCUUCUUGGCGGGGAGACAGCAUAGCCCUGGUAUUGAAAUGAGUAAGUAACCUGCCGUGUACAUGUGUUCUGUCAAAGGUUUGGAUAGCCUGGAGAACACAGAGGUUUCCAAGAAUGUUAUUAGAGAAUGGGUGACUGGGUGACUGUCUCUAAGACCUGCUGUUAACCCAGAGCACCAACAAGUCUUCAGUCCAGUUAAACCUUGGUCAUGCCAAGCACUAGCUGAACGGCUAAAGGCACAACCUAGAAAUCACUAGCUUGUUAACUGGCACAGGCAAACAGGAUAGAAUUUGUGUGGAAGUACAUUUGCUUCAGCACAUACUUGGGUUUUUCUGACUCACGUAUCCAAGACUCUGGAUCAGAAAAUGACCUCCUGAGAAAGGUUGAGAGUACUAGAUUGUUAUGGCAAGUGGUUCAUUGUUAAAGGUUUCUUUACUGUGUCUCUCGGGUUUCAUUGUGAGAGGGUCUAUUAUAUUUGCUUUUUCAGAGGAAUCCAUUUGUAGUAUUUUAAGAGCAAUCAGGAUUUUUUUUAUAUAUAUCUACAAAGCCCCAAGAUCAAAGGAACAUACAUAAGGAAAAUGGAUAUAGGUGUGUGUUUGUUUGUUUGUUUGCUUUAUUAAGUUUCUGAAAGUGAAAGUCUUAAAAGAAAUAAAGUGUCCUUCCAAAGAAGGGUAAGUAUAAACACUCUAGCAAAAGAAAAAGAAAAAAAGAAGUCUGCCUAUGUCUUCCUGAGUUUUUAUUUGUUUGCUUUUAUUGUAAAAUAGAACUGUAGGACUGGGGUUCUAACCCCAUGGUAGAGCAGUCACACAACACACCCAAGAGCCUGGAUUCUACCCCCAGCACCAGAAAAAUAAAUAUUGAGAGAUUAA